GUGUUUCUCAGUGUAACUUGACAGUGAGGACGGAGACGGGCGGUACCUGCUGAUACAGUCGAUGCUGUUACCGUUUCCAGUCGGUGAUUGACGUUUAACUAGUUCACACGUUCGUUUACCGGCCGUUUACCGUCAGCAUGUCGCACACCGUCAUCACCACAACGACCACGACGGUUCGGUCCGGUGGAAGCAUCCUGAACACCGGCUACCUCGGCACCAUCCCGGGAAUGCUCAAAAUAGGACAGACGCUCUCCUUGCUCAUCGCCUUCCUGUGCGUCUACUGUGUUAAUGGCUGGCCCAACUGGCACGCCUCCUGUUUCUUUGUGGUGGUGGCGCUCUGGUUCCUCCUCGCCUUCUCAAUCUUCCUCCUCAUGCACCUGUUCAGGCUGCAGGGCAAAAUGCCAUGCAUCAACUGGCCUCUGACGGAGUUCUUCCAUUACUCCGUGGGGUGCGUCCUCCUCUUCAUUGCCUCCAUCGUCGCCGCGGUGAACAACGGAAGAGCUUCAGCGCUGGUGGCCGGAUCGGUGUUUGGCUUCAUAGCGACAUUCCUGAUGGCUGUUAAUCUGUGGACGUCCUACAGCAUGGCUUGUGGCCGUCAGGCUGGUGCUUCAGUGUAGAAAAACAUCCGUCAUGAAGGAACCAGACGGCUGAGUCGGCAGUUUGCGGUGUCCAUUUUUCUGCCUGGCAACCACCCUGAUAAUCAGCUCGAUUGGAUGAUAGCUGCAGAGGUAACAGAAGCGCUGAUCCAGGACCAGUUUUCAACAAGCUGAAACAAAACCAUCCCUGAUUAUCAUGGUGAAACGCUGAAGCAGUAGAGUAGUUAAAAUAUUACUUUUUAUAUUCCUCAUUGAAUCCUGUCAAACCUCUAUAGUCAUGUUUUCAUGUUAAAGGUGCUCAGUGUCACAUUUUACCCAAACACAUCACGAGUGGAUGACACUGCGGUGCAAACAAUCAGUCACAUGCUGUUGUUGUCUUAUUAACAUUUCCCAUCAUCGCUGCUGCUUCUCACCUUAUAAGCUUUUUAUCUGCCACCAGAAGCUUUUUAGAAAACUUUAAGCUGCUUUAGUUUUAAAAUGACAGCGCCUUCCUGCUCAUGUGUGCCAUAAAUCAAACCAGGCGAAUUCCCUCUCGCAGGUCUGACAGCAGCCUCGUUGUCUCUUUGUUCUUCUCUUCAGUGGUUUACAGCUUAAUUUGCUCAAUUUGUUAACAAAAGUCUUAUCCAUUCCGACUUUUUUUAUUCUCCUUUGAAAAUUCCUCAAAUUCAGCAAAAACAGUUUGGACCACGGAUGUAAUACAAACUCUUCUUUUUUUUAACCCUCUGAACUCUGAGCAGCUUCUGGGUGUAUUUUUUAUUUUAUUUUAUUUUAUUUUAUUUUAAUGCAGUAUCAAGUCCUGCAUCUCUAUUGAAACAGCACAGCCAAGACAAGAACUAGAGAGAGAGCUCAAAACUGUCUUCUGUGCAGUACGGUAUAGUUAGAAUGAAAAAAGUAAAAUCAAACUAACAAAAAAAAAACGGAAUCAUGUUAAACAUUUUUCUAAGUGUCCACAGCUAGAAAAAGUGGAGGCUCCAUAUAUAAUAGAUAUUUAACUAUUUAUAUAUUAAUUGUUUCCUCUCUGCUCUGUGGAAACACAGCCUGCAGUUCAACCAAAAACACCAUUUUUGUCUCUUGACUGUUGAUCACAUCUGAGUCAGUCAUGGCUUCUCAGUUGUGCUGAUGCUUGGAGAUUUAUGGUUUUACGGUUGAGUUUUGGUGAGUUUCUAAAUGAGAUGGGCAGAAUAAAGAGAUUUUAACCUCAGAUUUAGUUAUUUUUCCUGGUAAAAUGUCAAACACAGUCUGAAGUUCAGCCAAAUAGUUGCUGAAUUUGCAUUUUUAAUUUAUUUUUCGAGUGCAGACUCUGUUUUUUUGUUUUUGCAGCAAAGUUUAUUUUUGUUGAAUUUUAAUUGAGACGUAAAGUUUCAAAUUUAGCUUCAUUUUAAUUAAAUUUCUCACCAAAAUGUCACAGGUGAUAUCUUCAUUCACUGUUAGCAGGUUUGAAAUCUGGUAAUUCUUUCAGUUUCGCAGUUUUGCCUGAAAAAUUGUGUCAUUUUAGUUAUUUUUAAAAGAAAACAUGCCUUUUAAACCUGCUGGCAGGUAUUGGGGUUCAGAGGGUUUAAUCUUUUUUUCAAUGUCCAGCCAUACGGCCCUGUUAGCUUCCAAUGCUAACUCUAGCUAGCACACUAAAAUGUCAAUGAGCAGAUAUUCUGGUGUGUUAACAAACUUGAACAAGCUAAUAUUUGUCGGAUUUAACAGAAAACAAACCUGCAUGAAGCUAAUGACGUUGUUAGCAUGCUAAAACGUUACUCAGGGGCUAAAAAACAACAGCAUGCUAAAAACAAAUUAAGUGAAACAGUGAAAAACAAAAUGUUAGCAUGCUAACAAUGCAAACCAACACAAAAACCAAGAAUAAGUGCUGAAUCUCUCUCCAGUUAAAAAACAAGUGUGGUGCUAAAGUGUAUUUUUCUUAUUGUCGGAAAACUCCAUGUGUACUGUCAGUGGUCAUUAAAUGGCAUUUAGUGUAGUUAGCAAAAUGUGCGUCUUUCAAACUGAAAACCAAAAGUUAUUCAUGGAUUUCUUUUUUUUGAAAAGUUACAGGAUGCUUGAGCUUUCUGCCCCAGUGUAUUCUAUUUUUAUUUCCCUGAAUCUGUACGACGAAGGUGGACAAGACUGAAAUAAAUCUGAAUUAUUGCCUGAAACACUCACCAGUGCACCAAAUAUAGAUUUAAUAUAGCCCCUAGAAAGCACAUUUUCCUCCUGUUUCAGUAAAGGUCACUAAAAACAGCAAUGAGCAGCUGUUAAAAGUUAAACUGCUUGUUUUUGAAGUGAUUUUAAAAGUUAAAAUCUCCAAGUUUGGAGCUGAAAGUCUUGAAUUCAUGAGAGACACAUUGACGGGUUACAUCUGGGAGUUUUUGACGAUAAGAAAAAUAUAGAAUAGCACAAACAUUAUCCUUCAAACAGUGAUUUCACUGCUGUGUUAAAAAGACUGUGUCAUUGUUUUAUUAUGUAAAUGGUAAAGCUACCAUUAAGUUUUGCUGAAGUGAUUUUUUCCUUGUCUGGGUGUCUCAGUAACUCCCAUGAAGCAUCACAUUAACUUCCACAGUUUAGAAAACAGCCUCACUGUCUGCUGGGAAAUCAAUUCGCUUUUCCCCUCAGCAUUAAAUCCUGCUUCACUACAAAAUGCUGUUCAAUUUUUCUAACAGACAGGACCAGUGCCGCUGUCUUUGGUGCUUUAAAGAAAAAAAAGACAAAACAAAAAAACAAACCGCGUGAAUUUAAAUUGAAUUUUCUAUCAUUCAUCCUGCACUCUAAAAGCACACUGGUUUUGAAUGAUGCCAAAAAAAAAAAAGAGAAAGAGACAAAGCAGUGUCCAAAUUAAACC